AUGCCACCACACUUUUGUUCUUUGUUGCAUCGCCCUAUCUGCGUAAGAUUGACUGGUGGUGUUGGGGCUUAUGUGAACUUGAGUCGCACAUUCCACACGACUAUACAUGUGAAAGAGCCGGUGACGAGGGAUUUAAAGCUUGAUACAGGUGACCAAGACGACCUGUUCAAAUAUACCUCUGGCCGGUGGUUGAUAGAUGAGCAGCAUCAACUAGAGCAGCGUUUUGUGAAGUUCAAUGUCGAGAAGCUUUGUUCUCAAGCUGCUUCUCUCUUUGGCCCGGGGACAAAAUGCGUGCGCAUUGUCAAGAUGGAGGGAAGCUUCAAUAAGGCUUUCCUCCUUACUAUGGAUGACGGCAAUGAAGUUAUAGCAAAGAUCCCUUGUCCAAAUUCCGGGACGCCAUUAUUGACCACAGCGUCUGAAGUCGCGACGCUAAAGUUCUUCCCAGAGGUAUAUGCUUGGAACUCAGACCCGACAAAUCCAAUAGGUGCGGAAUAUAUAAUCAUGGAAAAGAUCCAUGGGGUCGCGCUUGCACAAAGAUGGGAGACAAUGAAUACCUUGGAACGAUAUAAAAUUAUCGACAAAAAUCCAUACGAAAGUCUCUUUCUACAGGAUUCCUUGCCAUCUGAAUAUCGGCAUUACCAUCUCCCGCCAGAAUUGGAUUCGACUGGGUUAUUUUGCAUUGGGCCAUCCUGCAGCCGAGCUUAUAUGACCUCCAAUGGUAUCUCGCAGUCAGAUGUUGGACCAUGGACUUCGAUUUUGGACUCUGCGCUCCCUAUACCACGCCGAGAACUAGCCGUCAUUGCAAACGACAGAGAUGAAGUGCAGCAUCAUCUGACACAAUUCAGUGAUAAUCAGUCGGUCGACGAGUAUCGUGAUCUCUUACAGAAGGUGCUUCUAAUUAUACCGGCUCUAUCACACAAUCCACGCGUGCUAGAAGUAGCAGGCUCGGCUAUUUGGCAUACUGACUUGCAUCUUGGAAAUAUCUAUGUCUCCUCAGAUGAUCCGACCAAAAUCGAGGGUGUGAUUGAUUGGCAGUCAGCCCAGGCUGCUCCUCUAUUUAUACAGGCACAGUUUCCCGAAUUUCUCCGACCACCAAAAGGCUACAGUCCAGGGACUGAAGUCCCUACACUACCAGAUAAUUUUGACGAGCUAGAUCCCGAUGAAAAGGAAAGGGCUACACAAGAACAGACAUUGGCAGCCCAGUCGAAGUACUAUGAGAUGUCUUGCCUUGUAUACAACAAGUCUGUCUAUGAUGCAAUGAAGCUGGAUCGACAACUGUGGGAGCCCUUUACUUGUUGUCAGCUUUUCUCAAAUGGUUCCAUGGUUCCACUGCGAAACUCCUUGAUACGAAUUUCUCAAGACUGGAAACAACUUGGGCUCCCGGGCAGCUGUCCCUUUGAGUUUACCGAAGAAGACCUUGGAAGGCAUAGCGAUCAGGUCCAACAUUACCAAGACCAUGUGUACUUGUGGGAUCUUGUGAAGGGCCAGCUUCGUACUGACGACACCGGCUGGGUUCCCACCGAGCAAUGGGAAACGACCAACAAGGUGAACGAAUAG